GUCACCGACGUAGCAGCGUAACGUAGCAAUGUGUUGAGCACGCGCGCGUGGCUUUUGAGUGCAGCCGUUAACUUCAGCUUCAACCACGAGAGGCGUUUUUUUCCACUCCUGUGUUUUCAGACUUCUUCUCCUGAAAUAGUUUCUUUAGACCCGACUCCAAGGCGGAAAAUUGUUUGGCAAGAAAACAUGUCGAAGAGAAAAAGGCCUUUGCUGAAAUCCUGUUGUGUACAUGAGGAAGUGGAAGAGAGAUCUGGGGACAGAAAGUUUGGCUUAAGGCAAGCAAGAGCUAAAUCUUUUAAUGUGUACAGUAACCAAGGUGAUGGGAAGAAGAUGAUUAAAGAGAAUGGCAUUACAAAGCAAAAUGGAAUCUGGUUUGUGACGUGUGAAAACAAAAAGGGAAUUAUGGAUGUAGAAAAGCUGAAAAAAGGUGAGAAUUGCAUAGAGUGUCAGGGCCUGUGGUUUACUCCCCCGGCCUUUGAGGAGUUUGCAGGACGAGGAGCGUGCAAAAAAUGGAAAAACAGCAUAUGCCAUGAAGGAAGACCUCUGACCUAUUGGUUUGCGAACGGUAUUCUGUCCACAACUGGAUAUCAAAGAAGAGGAGCCGAGCCUAUGAGGAUGGUUAAGGUUUCAUCAAAAAAAAUGGAAAGCAAGCCAACAAGAAGCGUCCACAAGUUCCAGGGAACAAAGAGCAGUAAAUAUAAGAGAUCUUCCACCUCGGUGACCCGGAGAAGCAUCUCUCCAGGAGUUUUUAUCCCCUCGGUAGAGGCAGAAGUACAGCCUGCACAGGAUCGUGAGGGAGGUCAUAUUAAAGAUGACCACAAGCAGUCCGACAGGCACGAGUUUCUGAAGAGAGACCAAAAAACUAGGGAUGAACCGGAUGAGAGAAAUGAUGAACACGGUCUAAACUCAGGAGAUGCUGAGGACGAAAAUAAAACGGACAACGGGGAUGUGGUUGCUGAUGCUGAUUACCUGGACGACCACGGCGACGCCAGAGAAAGUCGCGAGGACUUGGACGCUGCCGGAGCCGAGGAGCAGAGGAAAACUGAAGCGAUCAUCAGAAGGCUUUCACAGAGGCAGAGAGCCUGUAAGGCGAAACGGCGUCCGAAAGGUGCCUGGUGUGAGCCUUUGGAGGAAAACACACACAUUGAGGAGAGUGAAGGCGACUCGGCCGUCGCUGAAGGAAACGAGUUGAUCAGCGAGAACCUCGGUGCUUCCUCUGCAGAGCUCGCCGUUAGUAGCAACGGUGACAAGACAGGUCUUUCUGUUGCACCUGCAAACCUGCUGCUUCUGUCUGUUAAUAAAGAGGUUAAUGAGAAGGACGCAGAUGGAGCCAAACCGGAUCACGACGAAGCAGAAUUAGAAAGGUCAGAGACAUGCAUCAGAGUCUCAGACUGUCCGAAAGUCUCAGAGAAGAUGGAGGACGAAGGAGCUUUGGGGGUCUCAGACGGCUCCGACGUGGAUGCAAUGGAUAUCGAUCAGCUGAAGAAGGAAAAAAUAAAGCUGCAGCUUAGAGUUUUAAAGUUGCAAGAGGAAUGUUACACCCUGAUGCUAAACAACUUAAAAAACUGACAAGAAAGGUUUUAGUGUCAACUCUGUGAAUGACUAGUUAACCUUAUUUUUUACAUUUUACUUUACUUACUUAUUUUACAAUUAGAUGUGAGGUUUUGGUAAUUAGCACACAAACCAUAAAAUGUUAUGAAUGCAGAUUUGGUAUUGAAAAUGUGCCUAUUUGAUAAUUUUUACAGCUUUUCUUUUUAAAUGUGUUCCACAUUGUGUAAUUUCUUUAUGAGAAAAAGUCACAGUUGAUAGUUGCCAAAGAGACAAGACAGAUGGUAGCAAUGAUAAAGUUUGAAGUUUACAGAAAAGUGGAGGAAAUGAAAAGAACUGAGCACAGCAGCUUCAAAACGUAGCUAACCGGCACCCCACAGUGGAAGUUAAAAGCCCUCUGUGGUUUGCCCCUCCUACCUGUAAUUCACCCUUUGUUAGAAAAACGGUAAUUCAAAACACUAAAGUUUUGUCUGCAUGCAUUCAGUUAGAUGUAAUUUCUGCUCCAAUUCUGACCGGCAUUAUUACUUUGACGAACAAAAAAACGCUGGUCUCUCAUUUCUCCAAACAGCUCUGCAGUGGUUGUUUAAGCUUCACUUUUCAUACAAACAGUUUGUAUUUUACUAGUGAUGGUUUAGGUAUCUAUAGUUUUAUUUUUAUCAAAUUCUUCUACGCUGUUUCACGACUUCAACUCAGUUUAUCUCAACGUCUUUACAGAGCUCACAUUCAAACAUGACAAGUUAAGAAAAUAUUGAGUGAUUUUUACACUUUUCAUAAAUAGCAUUUACAGGUGGAAAAGUAUUACUUUUUCUAAUUCCCAAACAUGAUUGCCAGAAGGUCACCUUUCAAGGUCAAGGUGUUAUUAUUAUUAUUAUUAUUAUUAUUAUUAUUAUUACUACCUAUUAGUGCAAAACUGGCAAGCAAUCUUGGAAAUCUGAAAUCUCUAACCCGUUAGUUAUCUUACAGUUUUGAAAGUGGUGUGAAUAACCCUGAGGAGAAAAUAAAUAUUUACUGUUACAUUUCAUGCAUUCAGCUGUUUGUAGCUCUUCUGACUAUAUUUUGCUUUUGGUGCUUUUCCUCACACUGUGCUAAGAAUGUUUCUGUUUCUUAGUGUAGAUGUCAAAUGCUGCUGUUUCCAGGUCUGUCUCAAGUUUUCUACUCGGUGUUAGUUUUCUUAUAUUAAAUAAUCAACCAAAC